CCGCGCUUUCCCCAGACGGAAGCCUGGGUUCCGAGGUAUCGGUGUCCCACGGGCCUCAGGAGUCGACGAGUCGGGGAGUCCCAGACGCGAUUUCCUGAACGAGGGGUCGCCGGAAGUGCGAGAUGCAAGUGGGGAAGGGUCAUACAGAGCUGGUUCCUGCAUGGGGAUCAGACCUCCAUAUGCCAGCUCCCAGCCUAUUGCACCCCCUGAACUACUUACCUCAAAACUAGGCUACCCUGUCUGCCCAGGACACCAAGCCUAGCUCCACCAGGAGCGUAAGACACCUCCCAAAGUUUGGGAAAAGGUGCCCCUUCAAACCUGAGUCAAAGUCCCCCUGCUGCCUGCCGAGUGCAGCUUCCCCAUUGGCUCAUGGGAUCUGCCCCUUCCGGAUCCCUCCCCCUGUCCUGCUGCUCUGUGACGGGACAUUCCUCAGGAGGCCAAGGGUCACCACGGCACCAUGACUGAGUCUGGCAAGCCCAUCCUCUAUUCCUACUUCCGAAGCUCGUGCUCCUGGAGAGUUCGAAUCGCUCUGGCCUUGAAGAGCAUCGACUAUGAAACAGUGCCCGUCAACCUCAUAAAGGAUGGGGGCCAGCAGUUCUCCAAAGAAUUCCAGGCACUUAACCCCAUGAAGCAGGUGCCAGCCCUGAAGAUCGAUGGCAUCACCAUUGGCCAGUCGCUCGCCAUCAUCGAGUACCUGGAGGAGACUCGGCCCACUCCGCGGCUCCUGCCUCAGGACCCAAAGAAGAGGGUCCUUGUGCGCAUGAUUUCCGACCUCAUCGCUGGCGGCAUCCAGCCCCUGCAGAACCUGUCGAUCCUGAAGCAAGUAGGACAGGAGAACCAGCUGGCCUGGGCCCAGAAGGCCAUCAGUUCUGGCUUUAACGCCUUGGAGCAGAUCCUGCAGAGCACAGCGGGGAAAUACUGCGUGGGAGAUGAGGUACAAGGUGGAUCUCACUCCCUACCCUACCAUCAGCCGUAUCAACAAGGCACUGCUGGCCCUGGAGGCCUUCCAAGUGUCUCACCCCUGCCGGCAGCCAGACACGCCCCCGGAGCUGAGGGCCUAGCUCUCAAACCAUGCCCACUGGUGCAGGAGCAGAAGCUGGGUGGGCUGAACAGGCCUGAAAAUGAGCAAGCCCUAACUGGAGAAGCAGAAGACUUGCACUCCUAGCCCUUGAACUUAAACUAUAGCUGUGGAUCUGCCUUAACACUGAACCUCAUUCUGCCUUCAUCCCCUCAUCUGUCAAAUGCAGUCAGGAUGGGGUGGGAGGACUCUGGGAGGGAGGGAGGGAGGGAGGGAGGCAGGAACAUUACCUGCUCCCUAAGUCACAGUGCAGUCAUUAAGGUGAAGUGAGAAUGCAGACUGAACUGCCUGGCAAGCUUGCCGGAGAGCCAUAGGAAGUCUGUGUGCCGCCUCCCAGACCCUCUACUGUACCUGACUCCAAAGGAUGCCCACCUGCAACUUGAUCAUUAAACUGAAGCCCAGGGCUCCUGGUUGUUCAUUAA